AAAUUCCGUAACCGGAAUUAGAAAUCUCCAACAUGGCUGACGUGGAUUUUCUAAAAAGCCAAGAGGGAAUGAAUGAUGUCCCAUUGGAAGGAGAGAUACUGACAAAUGAUGAUGGCAAGGACAGUGAUGAUCAAGAAUUCAACACAUUGGAUGAACCAGUCAGAGAAACUAUUAUGAGGGAUCUUAAAGCAAUUGGAAUCAAAUUUUGGCAUGUACUGUAUCCCAAGCAAAGUAAAACAUUGCUUAAAGAAUGGGAUUUGUGGGGUCCAUUAAUUUUAUGUGUGUUUAUGGCAAUAAUGUUACAAGGGUCUUCCUCUGACAGCAGUAAAAUCAGUAAAGACAAGGAGGGUGAUGGAGGGCCUCAGUUUGCUGAAGUUUUUGUCAUCUUCUGGGUUGGAGCAGUGGUUGUUACUCUCAAUACAAAAUUACUAGGAGGAAACAUCUCAUUUUUCCAGAGUAUCUGUGUGCUUGGUUACUGCGUGUGUCCGCUGACUGUUGCUCUCAUUGUGUGUAGAAUUAUCCUCCUGGCCUCACAAUCUACAGUCUUAUUCAUCGUCAGAUUUGUGGUUGUUGUAGCAGCAUUUGCAUGGUCAACAUUUGCAUCAACAGCUUUUCUUGCAGACAGCCAACCGGCACAUCGAAAAGCCCUUGCUAUAUAUCCUAUAUUUCUGUUUUAUUUUGUGAUCAGUUGGUUAAUUAUUUCUCACACACAUACAUCUUAACAAAGAAUGAACUGAAAUCCAUGUCCACUUUAACAAAUGCAUUGUAAAUAGUUGUAAUAUUUAUGAGAUUCCUGUUUUAUACAUAUGUAUUUUGUUUUAUUUUUGUUUAAGUAUGAUAAAAGCAUUAAACAGUG